AAACUUAAAAGCCACGGUUAAGGACGUCAGUAACCUAAAAAUCUUGGCGAACUUUGCAUAACAUACGGCAAGUGCUAGCGGCGAUUUUUAUGUAAUAUGCUGUAAUAAAGUUAUGUAACUAUCAUUUUGGCCUCAUAUUUUGGCGGGUUACGAUAUAGUCUAUAGCCAUGGCGGCAACCGUUCGCGCGCUUUCCUUUUGACAGCUGAGUGCGUUUGGAAUUCGAAUUCUCGCGAGUGUGUGUUCCAUUUUUUCAGUGACCAUAGUGUGUGACAUUUAUUGUUUUCUAAUCGGCAAAGGAAUUUAAACACGGAAUCAUGACAAGAAAGUACAUCUGAGCACAAAAUGACAGUCAACACGCGCCCCUCAACCAACAUGGAGUCGAACAUAAUAUCUGAAAGGAAUUAUGUGCGCGACUGUACUGGCAUUGACGUCAACAUGAACGAGAAGAGAUUGACGUCUGUGCAGCAGUUUUAUAACGGAAAAAAUGUGCUCAUCACUGGUGCCACAGGUUUCCUCGGCAAAAUUUUGGUGGAGAAGCUUCUCCGGUGUUGCCCGGGAGUGGAGAAUCUGUACCUUCUAGUUCGACAGAAAAAAGGCAAAGACAUAUACACAAGAAUAGACGAAAUAUUUGAUGAUCCUGUGUUCGACCUCCUCAAAGAACAGCAUCCGAAGUUUCGUCACAAAGUGGUGGUAGUCCCGGCUGACUGCGAGGUGGCAGGCCUGGGUCUGACCCUGACUGACCGGCAGAUGUUGACUGAAAAGGUGAACAUAAUCUUCCACUCCGCAGCGACGGUCAAAUUCGACGAGCACCUCCGUGCAGCGCUGAACACCAAUGUCAGAGCUCCCCUACAUCUCCUCAGGCUGGCCAGGGAUAUGAAGGAUUUAGAUGUUCUAAUGCACAUAUCGACUGCAUACUCCAAUUCUCACCUACCACACAUAGAGGAGCGCUUCUACCCCUGCGAGGCGGACUGUGAACAGCUCCACCGAAUGAUUGACAAGCUGACUGACGGAGAGAUUGACGCCCUCUUACCGACGAUAUUAGGAGCAUGGCCGAACACAUACACGUUUACAAAAGCACUAGCCGAAAAGGAGUUACGGGAGAAUGCUGGUGAUCUUCCUGUUGGAAUCUUCAGGCCUGCUAUAGUGACGUCAACGUACAAGGAACCUAUUAACAAUUGGUUGGACAACAUGUAUGGCCCUACUGGAGUAGCUGUAGGCACUGCCACAGGCAUCCUGCGGACUCUGCAGUGCGACCCGAACGUGACGGCCGACCUGGUGCCGGUGGACCACGUGGUCAACUGUCUCGUCGUCGCCGCUCAGAAAGUCAACGCUGCAUAUCAAACAAGUAAACCACCUCAAGAACCACCAAUCUUCAAUUACGUGAGUUCGACGGAGAAUAGAAUGACAUGGGGAGAUUUUAUGCGACAGAAUAUCGCUAGACUCGAUAAAACGCCAUUUUCCAACGCCAUCUGGUACCUGUCGCUGCGGCUGACGCGCUCGGGCGCGCGGCACCGCGUGUACUCGCUCCUGCUGCACCUGCUGCCCGCCGCGCUCGCGGACGCGCUCGCGUUCUGUCUGGGGAAGAAGCCGAAAAUGCUGAAGGUGUACCGGAAAGUCCACAAGCUAUCCUCAGUGCUGUCGUAUUUCUGCACAACAGAACUCACCUUUUGCAACAGGAAUACUCGCCAGCUAUGGGAGUCCACAUCUGAUGAGGACAAGAAGAUAUUCCCGUUCAGCAUGAGGGACGUGAAUUGGGACGAGUUCUUCGAGGAGUACAUAGUCGGCAUGCGACGGCAUCUGUUCAAAGAUGGAGACGAUACAUUACCCCAAGCGAGAAUCAAGUGGAAAAGAUUGUACUAUCUACACCAGAUAGUGAAAAUCCUUUUCUGCGCGCUCGCGGUCUACGCUCUAUGGUCAAUAUUCUUGCGUCUAUGGUAGAUAUAUACAAAGAUUUUGUAAAUAAUCGGUUACCAAGUCAAUAUAGUUAGUAGGUACGAAUAACGAAGGGUCUUUUACCUAUUAAGUUUCAUUUUUAAUCGACUUUAGUGCCCCUUGGUUGGGUGAUCAAUCGACAAGACGUGAUCUAUUCCCAUUUCACAUUUUAUUCAUUUCACGGUCGCUUUAUCACUGAAUUAGGUACCGGAUCCGUCGCUGACUUAUUAGAUUCAGUGCUGACUCACCGGAUUCCUUAGGUCGGAGUAAAACUUUUUGAGUAAAACCGGUUCUGACUUACCAGAUCUGGUCUUAACUUACUAAAUACGGUAAGAUAGGACCGGUUCCGGUGAGACACCUAUGGAAUUAUGUCCUAGUUCACAUAAGAUCUUGUCCUAACUUACCGGAUACGGAUCGGUAAACUUUUACCGGAUUCCGGUAAGUUUUUAUCGGAUUCCGGUAAGUAUUUACCGGAUUCCGGUAAGUUGUUACCGAACUAACUUAGGAUCCGGUCCUGACUUACUGGAUCCCAUCUUAUAUUACUCUACCGGAUCACUUUGGGUAGCGAUCGCUAGGUACGUUUGGUGUCUUAGUGAGAAAAAGACUAAAUAAUGACACUUUUCUUAUUAUAAAUACGAAUACGUUGAACUUAUUAAGGGAAGUGAAGUAUUAUUAACAAGUGUAUAAUACCCUUAUUACAUUGUUUAUUAUUAAAAAAAAAAAAUAUAUAACAAAUAACCUAAGCAGUGCGUAUAUUAAAACCAAUGCCUAUUUUCAUAUUUCUAUGUAAAAAAAAAAAGUUAUUUGUACAUAUAUGCCGAAGACAGACUAGGCGACGGUAAAAUUGAUACGAAUUUCGAAAAUCACUGACACUUUUUUAAAUAAGUACUUAUAUAAAAAAUAUGUGAUGUCAUCUAAACCUAUAGACUUUAUCCUGUUCCACUUCUUGCUGAUAAAGUAACUGAAAACCUUUAAAUAUCGAAGAGCCUUAAAAUUUGCGCUUAAAAUUGUUGAAUAGUGGAAGGCCAACUGGCAAAUAUCUUCAGAUAUACUGAUCUAGCAGUUAAUUUAUUUUUCAGAUUACAAUAUGAUGUUUUAUCAGAAAGUGGUGAAACAUGUCUUGAAAAUGAAAAAAAUCAUGCAAGCAUAACAAAAAAAGAACUGUAAUUUAAAAUAUUGCUCAAUUUUUAUUCUUUCACACCAAAAUUAUAUUAUAAGAUGAUAACUAUUAUUAUUUUUAUCGGAACUUUUGUUUAUGGUUGGUUUGUGCUAUAGUUUUUCUUGUAUCCUUUGAUUUUCACUAAAAUUUCUUUCCGGAUAUAUCAUUUUACGAAAAACUAUAGUUCAUCCCUUAUUCAAGAUUGUACCAAAAUGUUAAAGGCAGGCGCAGACCUAAUGCAUAUGUACAAGAUUAUUAUAAAGUCUAUGCAUGCGUUAACAUUUCCAUUCAAUAAACGUGCACGCAUACCUACGCAUUAGGUUUGCACCGACCUUAAAUGUCGGUAAUAGUAACAGUAUAUAAUGUAUUAUUGUAUAAAUAUUAUAAAUAAACGAACAUUUAUUUUAAAUA